GCAGUGCGGCUCGGGCCGUGGUCGGGUGGAGGUCGAGUUCGACGGCGCUCCCUCUGGGUCGGCGUUGGUGCGAAGAGACGACGUGGCUGCCGCUGUAUUUCGGGGGGAGGGGAAUCGCCGCUCCCUCGCCACGCUGGAUGUGUGUGUCCCCGGACUGCCGUGGUUAUGCGUGACUCAGUGCCGGCGACCCUGAUUGGCCCAAGGGCUAUUCUGUUGCUUACAUGUUGACAGUUCACUCGCCUACGCAGAGGUGAGAGACUCGUAUGCUAAAAUCAACAAGUGCGACGCUGCGAUACCUCUCUCAGUCGGACGCCUGCGAACCUGUACAUUACUUCGGGGGAAAAUUAAUCUCUCAUUUGUAGCAUGAACUGGUCAUCUCUCUGAACCUAAACAUGGCCAGAACCAAAGGACUGUUGACAUGGCCAUGCUGGUUCGUGUUGGGCACCAGCUGGGCUGUCAUAGGCACCACAUCCUGCGUGCGGAUCAAGGAACUCAACGUGCCUGCCGUGGCUCUGGUCAACGACAAGAUCCACCUUCGCUGUGAUUUCGAGGAGGAAGGGAUGUCCAGAUUGUACACACUCAAGUGGUACAAAGACGGGAAGGAAUUUUACAGGUACCAGCCCGGUAUCUCGGCUCACUCUUCGGACGACCGUUGCGCUGAUGACCUGACCUAUGACGUGGCAGGGGUCAAUGUUGAUUGCUGGGUCUCCACAGAACGCGACGUGGUUCUCCAAGGCAUCUCCAAGACGACAUCGGGGGAUUACCAGUGCGAAGUCAUCGGCGAGCACCCCAUGUUCAGAAAGGAGGUCCGAGUGGCGAGACUCACUGUCUUCUGAACAAGUGAGGAAGUACCCCGAGCGGCGGACCGUCGGCCUCGCCUUCCAGACGACAGAUCAGCUGUUCCGACGGGGCUACAUCGAGGUCACGUGUGUCAGCUCCCUCGGCGGCGGCCACCAGAAGAGAGCGAAGGUGCAGCUGGCCAACCACGCCUAUUUGAGAGCACAGGAAUAUCAUUAUAAUUCAGGUCGUAAGAGAGAUGGAGGAGCGUGGGCGUGUGCAGUCGUGGGCGUCCUCACUUUCAUCAUUCUUAAUCACCUUCUAUAUUAACUUUAUAUUCCUUGCGUCAUUGCCUCGUUUUACUGUAAAUGUGUAUAUAAAUGUAACUGUGUAA